AGAGAAUGAAAGUUUUCAAUAAUCCUCAUUUCCAUUCUAAAGGCAGUUCAUCUAAACCUUCUUCACUCUAAUCUUCAAGAGUAGGUGGUAGUAAAAUAAUAGGAAGUCCAUAAGGAUAAGAAUAAGACCUUAAUGAAAUGUUAUAAUCACUUAAUCCAACAUAAAUUAUAGCAUAGGAAGAAGAAUCGAAAUUUGAUUUAAUAUAAGAAAUGCAACAGUUGAAAACUAAAGUAUUAGGUUUACUUAAAAAAUACUAAGUAAUGUUAUAAAAUGAGAAUGCAAAAUAAGUUAAGAGUAAAAUUAAAUCAGAUGUUCAAGAAAUUUAAAUUGAAUAUGAAGAUAUAAUAGCAUAAUAUUAGAUAGAUUAGAGUCAACUUGAAAUAGAGAACAAUAUUCCAACUGUAUAAAAAGAGAAAGUAAUAAUUAUUUAUAAUAUAAAAGGAAUUGAACACUUAUUUUAAUUUAGUAGAAGAAUUCUUAGAGAGAUUCUCUCAUCAUAAAGCUACAUUGAAUUAUUUUUCAAUUUUGUAACAAGAGAAAAUGAAUCGAAAUGGAUUAGGAGUAUUCUCUGUUGAUCAAGAUGGCAGAUAAUCUAUGUAUGACUUUUAAGAAUAAUUGCCUGAUCUAACUGAUAGCAAUAAUUCAGAAAAUACUCAUGAAGCUUAAUAAGCAAAGAUAGCCUUAUCAAAUUCAUAAAAAUUAAGAAGUUAGAUUAGAAGACGUUUCUUUGAUUUAGCAUUGAAAGUAAAAGAAGGCUUACCACUUUAUCAUCCAGGUAGAUAGAUUUUGGUUUCUAUUCUUUUUGAAGAUGCAGAAGAAGAAGGAAUUGAUGAAAAUGAAUGGGAAUCAUGGAUUGUGAAAUAAUUAAAUAAAUGAUUUAUAAUGUUAUAAGAUGUACC